AUGAGACCAAAAGGCAAAACACGUUUUAACAGAAAACAAGUGAAAGUCAAAGACAGAGACAUCGAUCUGUAUAAAGAAGUCUUGAAAAAACAAUUGAAAAAUAAAAGAUCAGAUAUUAUUCUGAAGAGGAAUAAAGAAAAAUCAGAUCAAAUGAACCGUCAAAAUGAUGUCAACAAUGAUGUCAGCGAUGAGAUAAUCGAUGCAAACAUUGUUUGUUUGAUGAUGUGUUUGAAGUCAUUCAUCGAUUGUCUCAAUCAUUAUCUUAAUUGUCUCACAGAUGAAACAACAAGAAGACGUUUGAAUGAACAUUUGGCCGAAAUUACCGACAUUUAUGAUAAUCUUAGUAAUCAAAUGCAGUCAUAUGUCAACAGUUCCGGUGACGACAACUAUGACAACAACAAUGAUAGUGUUGUCGACCUUGCGGUCAAUAACCGCCGUAAUAGCGAUUCAAAUAUCGUAAAAGCAGAGAAGCUUACAUCAGAUUCUGAUGACAACAAAAAUCCAAUCAUUUUCUCGACAUCAGUGGACAAUCCGACAAAAUUAACGCAAAGAUUUGUGCGUCGAUUUGGAAGUCUUUUCCGUUUGUCUCGAUUGGUGACACCUUUUAAUAAAUUGAUGCGAAGACAAUCACCUUCAGAAGCGACCGUAACGGCAGACAAUUCAUUGGUCAUCUCAUCAUCUGAUGUAUCGUUUAAUGGAAAUAAAGCUAAAGAAGAAGAAGAACCGAUUGCCAGCACAUCUAAACAGAUGUCAAACACUGGACAUAAUGUCAUUUCAAACAACAUAUUAGUUAUUGAACGACAAAUUAAUAUAUAUUUUCUCAGUAUAUGGUCUGAAGUAUUUCAAAUUUUAUCUUAUAAAAGUCAAAGAAUUGAUCAACAAUUUAGGCCAACUAUUGAACGAUUGCGGACUAGUCUUCGGAGUAUUAAUUUCGACCAACAGUUAUCUGGUAUUAGAUUAACACAUUUGGCCACAUAUGAGAUGGCUUUCACUGACGCAACAAUUGAACAAUUGGUUGGACAUCAUAUGGAUGAAGAUAAUCAACAAUUAUUAGGUGAUAAUGAAUUGCCUGUCGAUCAGGAGAUUCAAGAUAUCGUUGAAGACGAAGAAGAAGAAGUAGAAACCGUUGCUACAGAUAGUGGUAAACCAUUCUCGACUAACUCAUCCGAUUCUAAUGAAGAAGACCUUUUAGACGGAUAA